AUAACUUGGCAGUUUAGCGGGCAACCUUAGUGCGAUAGCUGCAUAUAAUUAUUUCAACCGACUUCCAAAAAGGUUUAGAAUAUUGCAAUUUUUUUUAAUAUGAUCUUGUUUUUCGUAGUGACGGUUACAGUGUUGUGGGUUAUUCUCUUUCGGUACAGAAGAAGAAGAAUGUAUGAGUUGGCUGCUCUAGUAGCAGCGCCAGACGUUGAGUUGCCCAUUAUAGGAAUAUCUUUCAGCCUGAUUGGUAAUAACCAAAAGGUUUUAGCUACACUACAAAGUUUUAGCUACCAGGCUAUGAAACAUGGUGGCAUUCUAAGGAGCUGGCUGAACUAUAGACUAUACUUUUUAAUGGUGAAUCCCGAAGACAUAGAAAUUAUACUAAAACAGAGUCUAGAGAAGGACGAAUUGGUGGAAUCGAUAAGAGAGGUACUGGGAUACGGCAGUAUAUUUGCGCCAGUUUCGAUAUGGAGAAGACGUCGCAAAAUUUUAGCGCCUGCUUUCAAGCAAAAAAUCAUUGAGGGCUACAUGGAAAUAUUCUAUAACCAGGCCGAGAGUUUAACGACGAAACUGCAUAGCUUUGCCGGCACCGGGACUUUUGACAUCUUCCCCUUUAUUACAGCUAACUCCUUUAACGCAGUUUGUGAAACCGCGAUGGGAGUGAAUUUGGAUGUCGUGAAGAAUCGAGAGACGAACAUUUUGACUUCCCUCACGCACGUCCUACAUGUAACGUGUCACAGAGUAUUCCGCGUAUGGAUGCAUCCCACAUGGAGCUUCAAACUAUUCCCUUGCUACACAGGAUUCAAGAGAUGCAUGGACGUUCUGAAUGGAUUCAUAGAUGACGUUAUAGAAAAGAAGCAAAUGGAAUUCAAAAUAGAGAAAAACAGCUUGACAGAAGCCGACAAAAAUUACCAAUGUCAAAAUUCCAAAAGUUUUCUCGAGUACCUGAUAGAACUGUCACAGGCUGACAAGGGAUACAACGAAGUGGAGUUGAGGGAGGAGAUGAUGACGUUGCUCAUAGCCGGCACUGACACGUCGGCCCUAGCGACCAGCUACACUCUGCUGCUGCUGGCCAAGUACCCCAAGAUACAGGAGAAGGCUUAUCAGGAGAUUUUAGAAGUUUUCCAAGGAUCAGAUAGACCUGUGGUCAAAGAAGACUUACUUAAGCUUAAGUACGUUGAGAUGGUGAUAAAGGAGAGCAUGAGACUGUAUCCCCCAGUGCCGUUUAUCGUAAGGAAAAUUGAGACGGAAUUACCAUUAUCUUCAGGAAAGAUUCUGCCCGCUAAUUCCGGUGGGGUGAUCUCGAUAUGGGGGGUGCAUCGAGACCCCAAGUACUGGGGACCGGACGCUGAACAUUUCAACCCGGACAGGUUUGCUACGGAACAAGUGAGGACGCAACACCCCUGCCUCUUCAUGCCCUUCAGUACUGGGAUCAGAAAUUGCCUUGGUACGCAAUAUGCUAUGUUAGCGAUAAAAACGACGCUGGCGACAAUUUUGAGAAAAUACAAAAUCGUUGGUCAGGAAGAAUCAAGUCCCAUUCCAAACAUUCCCUGUAAAUUGGAAAUCAUGAUGAAAGCUGUUGACGGUUACCACAUUGCUAUAGAAGAAAGGAAAGUUGUUAAUAUGUAACAACUAUGUAAUUAUGUUAGUUUAAUUUAAAUAAAUUGUAACAUAUUUUUUGUAUCUUCUUGCCCUUAAAAUAGAAACCAAUAAUAAGAUCAUUUGUCACUUAAAAUAUCGUGAUUUUUUACAUCUAUCCAAAAUGCUAUGAAACAUCACGCAAAUGAUAUCAGUCAAAGAAACAAAAGUGCGUUGACUUGUAAGGACCAUUAAUCAUAGUAAUAAAUCCUAUUUUGACAGCCAAAGCCUAGAUAUGUAGGACAUAGCGUGGAAUAAAAAGAAUUGUAGUAAAUCACAUACAACAACUC